UAUUAUCCAACUUCAGGUGUCACCACCGCUCACCCAAUCAUCAUCAUCAUCAUCUUCUUCUUCUUCUUCUUCUACUUCAAUUCAGUCUUCCUCCCCCUUCACCGAUGUCCAUGUCCACUUCUUUUGCUGCUCUAGCCAUGUACGCCACUGAGGUUCAUGCCGUUUCGGACAGCAAAAGAAGCAAAGUGAGCGAUGACGGUAGGGAUCCCCACGGGGUGCACUCGUCAAGGGUCCAACCGGUUUCAUCUUCAGCUUCGAGAAUCGCAGAGAACGAGCCGUUGAGAAGCUCCCCUUUCGUCUCCGAGAAGCAGAGCGUGUUGCGGAGCUCGCCGCGGUUGGCCCCUCAGUUCGACGGGCUCAACUGCUUCGAGACCAUUGUCGGUCACUGACCGCCCGAUGACUGUGCGAUGCUUCUUCUUCUGUAUCAUCCAUUUUGCAGUUGGUUUAGAGCGUUUCUGCUGCGUCGUAUUUUAUACAUGACACAGAUUUUGUACCUUCAUAUAUGUCUGGUGGUUCCUGAAUUGAGAUACAAA